GUUUUACAACUACUGAAAAUAAUUGUGUGGAUAACGGAAACCCAACACCUCUCUCUCUCUCUCUCUCACCACAGAGAAAAUCAGCAAUCGACGCUCGUGUUGCUGCUGAAGAAUGUCGAAUUGAGCUGUCGAUUUCAACCUAAACCAGUAUGAGUUUCAGCUCGGACUCUUCCUCUUCGUCGCCGGCCGCCGCUCUGGACUGGAAAUUCUCUCAGGUCUUCGGCGAUAAACUACCCGGUGAAGACGUUCGCGACAUUGAUGUAAUUUCCGCAAUUGAGUUCGACAAAAGCGGCGAUCACUUGGCCGUCGGCGAUCGAGGCGGCCGCGUCGUCAUUUUUCAGGAAAACGGUGCUAAAGAUGACUUAGUCCGAUCCACUCCACGGAACGAGUUGGAGAGACUUGAUAGAGUUAUUGCGAAGCAUCCUAAAUAUCAUUACAAAACGGAGUUUCAAAGUCACGAGCCAGAGUUUGAUUAUUUGAGGAGUGUGGAGAUCGAAGAAAAGAUCAAUAAAGUUAGGUGGUGUGCAGCAUCUACUGGAUCACUAAAUAUUCUAUCAUCAAAUGAUAAGACUAUCAAAUUGUGGAAGGUCAAGGAUCGUCAAGUUAAGCAAGUCAAAGAGAUAGAGACGAGUCAACCAAUAUCUUCAGAGAACUCACUUUUAGGUGAAAAGAGUUUUAUUAAUGGGCAAAAGUCAUCUUUUGUCAAUGGCCAUUCUCUAGAAUGGAAAGAAAACAUAGGGAAUGGCGUGUCUUCUUAUGAUGGAACAAAUGACAAGAUAGCAUGUUUAGAAGAUGCUAGUGUUUCAAGAACUCGAAAGGUGUAUGCGCAUGCUCAUGAUUUCAGUAUCAACUCUAUCUCUGUUAAUAGUGAUUGGGAGACAUUUCUUUCUGGAGAUGAUCUGAGAAUAAAUUUGUGGAAUCUAGAAGUCAGCAAUCAGUGUUUUAAUAUCAUUGACAUGAAGCCUGUAAACAUGGAAGAUCUCAUAGAGGUGAUCACAGCAGUUGAAUUCCAUCCAUCUCACUGUAAUCUGCUAGCUUACAGCAGUUCAAGAGGUUUUAUUCGGCUAGUAGACAUGAGAAAAUCAGCACUAUGUGAUCACAGUGCAACGAUACUAAAAGACGAGGAAUUUCAUGGUCAGAAAUCUUUCUUCACCGAGAUCAUUGCGUCAAUAACUGAUAUGAAGUUUGCAAAUGAUGGAAGACAUAUAUUAAGCCGUGAUUUCAUGAAUCUGAAGCUAUGGGAUAUGCAUAUGGACUCUGGUCCAGUUGCAACAAUUAGGAUUCAUGAAAACCUACGGCCGAAGUUGGCAGAUCUGUACAACAAUGAUGCAAUAUUUGAUAAGUUUGAAUGCUGUGUUUCUAAAGACCACCUUAAUUUUGCAACUGGAUCUUACAGCAAUAUUCUACGUGUGUUCUCUAACGGAAGUGGGGCUGAAGGAGUAACCAUUGAAGCUAGUCGAAACCCAACUAGAAAGCCCCAAGGCCAAACCACAUCAAGACCUCGAAGAUCUUCUCUAAGCAACAUAGCUAGGGGAUUCUACAGACAAGUUGAUGGACGUGGUGCAGAAAGUAACGAUUUUUCGUACGAUUUCAAUUCUAAGUUGCUGCAUAUGGCUUGGCAUCCAUCAACUAAUCUGAUUGCUUGUGCUGCUGGAAGCAGCCUGCUAAUGUAUCAUGCCUAAUGUAUAUAGCAAUUGUACAGACUGCUUAUAGCAAGUGACUUUUAGAUGGUUCAUGUUUUGCGUUGUACCUUGCAACAACAUAGUUUUCGAGCAGCGAAGACUAGAGCCAGUGGGGCUUGUUGCCUCUGCAUAUAUAGAUGUAGCCAGUUUUUGGGCUUUGGAGGAUUCUUGUUUUCCCUUUGGAUGGUGCAUUCUUACCAGUAUCUUCACAAUUGCAAAAAAGUAGUAUUAUUUUCAAA